GACCUCACCAUUACAAAAGUCUCUGAGGAAAUGAAUUUCAGCUGGAGAAGGGUUGGAGUCCGUUUGGGACUUAAGUGGUCAAAAGUGAACAUGUUCAAUUCUAAUGAUACGCAGACUCAAAAGGCUGCCGAAAAUAUGAUGAAUUACUGGAGGAGCAACCUUAGUAGCGAUAUUCAUCAACGUAAAAUGCUGUCCACUGCCCUGAAACAACAUAAGCUCAGGAAACUAGCUGAAGAAUUGUUUGGGGGAGAAAUUGGCGAUGAAAAUCUUGACACUCAGGAAGGAGGAAAAUGUUUUAAUGAUCAAGAUUUGCUGUUCAUCUGUGACCAACUGGAUCCCGAAUCAUGGAGGAGACUGGGAGUGCGUCUUAAACUCAAGUGGAGCGAUAUUAAAAAAAUAGCAAACAACAACAGACAGGUAGAGGACCGCAUCAUGGAAUUGUUGGUUACUUGGAGGGAUUUCCAAACAAAAAACCAAGUACCAAUCAUGGUAAAAGCUUUGAGACAACAGCAGCUUGUUGGACUUGCACGAGAUGUAUCUGAAAGGCAUGGCUACAGUGAUGAGCCAGAAGUUGCACAAACUCAGACAAAUAAAAAAUAUCAAACACUAGAGCAUGGUUGCUUAGAUGAUACCGACAUGUUGAUUAUCUCUGAGAGUCUUGAUAAUGACUGGAAGUAUUUUGGGAUUUACUUAGGUUUGAAAAGAUCUGAAAUAAAUCAAAUUCAGUCAGACUUUACACCACCAACUGUAGACGCCUCUAUUGAAAUGUUGGUACAGUGGCGAGAAAGACAGAAAGCUGAAGUAAAUCAUCUCAAAACAAUUACUGAAGCACUGAACAAAGUUGAACGAAUAGAUAUCAAGGAAGAACUUGAGUCAUACUACCAGAACAAAUACGGAAAAAUUGAAGCAAAGGUGUAAAGGAACAUUUUAAAGAUGAUAACAGUGCAAUAAAAAAAUGACACCAGAAUAUAAUUUUACCGUGGUUACAUACACCAUAGUCCACAUUAGGUUACUUUUUAAUCAAGAAAUUAUAUUUUGCUCGCCUUUUGAUCAUCCAAACUGCAUACUUUUGAUGCUGUCAUCCAGGACUGUAGAUAUUGAAUACAAAAUAUACUGAAAACAUUAGUUUCAACUUUUUCUUUGGAUGAUUAUGUAUAUAUAAACCGAAAGGUCCACUGAUUAA